AAAGCUUGUCUCGGUGAAGAUGCUUAUUUGCAACUGGAUUUUAGGCAACGAUUGUGAGUUACGGCGUAUGAUAACAGAAAUAUAAAUUAUUUUGCUGAACGUGGUAGUAAUCCCUACUGUUUAAUUAAGUUAGACUAAGAAAAUGGAGAUUUUUAAUGUGAACUUGUUUCUAUUACUCUUUUCUCUGUUGAUGGAAGUGCGUGGUAGUGAAACUUUUACAGAGAAAUAUAAAACAUACGAGGAGCACUCGGGAAGGACGUUAACCGUAUCAACACAUGGAAGACUGCGAAAUAUUAUUGAUUUGGAUGACAAAAGCAUUGUUGCGAAAACAAUGUGCCGUGAUGCCUUAAUUAAAGUAUCCUUGGUGUCCAUGAACUCCAUGAAAGACUGGAAAAUCGGAGAUGUAGUUAUUGCAAGUGCAGUCCUUGGCUGUCGACUUGCAUACACAAAACAAGGCGAUGGGGUCUUAGGAAAAAUACUUGACAUAGAGAUUAAACGUAAAGGUCUCAUAUAUCUAAAAGUAGAACAAGCAAGCCCUCUUGAUAUUUUAGAGGAAGUUGAUGUGUCCCUUCAUGCAAAACAUCGAACUAAAAGAAGUAACUCGAAUUUUCUUUCAAACAUUUUGGAUAGCAUCAACUGGGAUGAAGUGGCAAACACAACAGUAGUAUUUAAUCCAGAAAGAAACUCUUUUUCUCUCUUGAAAAUGGCUAAUAAUCCGGAACCUGAAGUACGGAUAUACAACUCGUCAAGUCAAGACCAAAUGAUAACAGGAACACAUUUUAAUUUCACGUGUUCUUCCUGUUUUGGGACAAUCGAUCUAUCUUAUCACUUAGAAAUGAGGAUAAGAAGAGACCAAAGAACUAAUAAACCCAUCAUAACUUCGUAUCUCUCUCAGAUAGAAGGUGAAGUUUCCAAUAAUUAUCAGUUUACAGUUGAGUCUCAGAGAGAAUUAACUCUGAAGAUAGAAAAGGAACUACUGAGAUCAGGACCAUUAGUACUUCAUCCGAUUCAACUAGCAACCUUCAAAAGAUUUCCUCCCAUUCAUUUGGCUAUAAACGUGCAUUCGAUUACGACUUUGUUUGCUAAUGUAAUAAUGAAGUCUUCCAAAGAGGUAAAAAUAGACGACGCCUUCCAAACAUCAGGAAAAUUUGUCGUAUCUAAUAUACAUAGUCAAAACAUUGGAGAACACCCAAAUUACGUCUCAACGUACGACUGGCUUAUGAGGCACAGUGCACGUGAGGGGAUGGCUUCAAACGAUUCUUUCUCAAUCAAUAUCACCAUUUCUCAGGAAAUUUUUAUUAAGCCAUUCAUUGAAUGGAGGGAGCGAGACAUUCGAUUCGAUUUUGGAUCUCCCUUUACUGUAAGGUUAAAUCAAGAAUUGGAUAUGACGUCAUCAGUUGCAGAUGUAUCACUCUGUGCCAAUGUGGCAUCUCGAAUCACAGGUGUAUUUUCCACUGGAAUAAAUUCCUUAGUCGUAGAUGCUUUCGGGAUUUCGAUAUGGGGAGAAGUUUCAAAAUUAUCGAAGGCCCGUGCAACAAGUGUUUCUUUACUCCAACAAAAUCUCUCCAAUAAAUGCCGUGCCAAUUGCUUUGGAUUUCAACAACUGAUGACUACAUCCAUGGAUGUUUGUGGUUCACCAAAAGUUGUUGUUCUUCGAAAUUCAUCGAUGUUUUCUACAUUACGAAAGUUAUUUGGGAAUGCCAUUUUAUUUCUGUCGGAGGAAUCCAACGAAUCGUCAUGGUGUGGACAUCCUGGAAAUCCUUGCACCGACUGUGAUGACUACUUUCAAGAUAACAACGUUUGCUCUGACAGAUAUGUUACACCAAAUCUAGCAGAAGUUUUAACUAAGCUUGUCAAGUUCAUUGCAGCUGAAUGGCCAGGAAGAAAACUUUUGAUUUUAGAAGCUUGGGACGAACCGACCUCGACACAUCCACAUGGUAGUCAUGGCAACCAAUCUUUGUUCUAUUCCGGAAGAGCAGCCAGGAUUGCGUUAAGCAAGAACCUCGCUAGUAAAGAACCAGAAACUGACAGAUUAAUUUUUCGUAGAUUUGAAGAAUUACUUAAAUGCUCUGAUGUUGAUUACUUUGAGACGUUUUUAAAAGAUUCUGUCGUGGAUAUAUGCGUUGCGGAUGAUUCUUCUUCUUUGUUUACAAACCAGAACAACAGGAGGAAGAAAAGAGCAGUGAAAUCAAACAACAUCGUUAAAGUGAACACUUGGAAGGAAGACAAGGACAAAUUUAAUGAUUAUCUAUUUAGCUUGGUUACUGCCAAGACACUUGGAUCUACAUUUAAGGAUUACUUUGGAAGUGGAAAAUAUCACCCAAAGAAUAAAACUGCUGAGGAGGUGUGUGGAAAAGCAGAUGAGGAGUACAGUGCGGAUAAUCUAGAUCAGAUGCAACGAUUAAUUCAGUAUCCACUGGAAAAUGUUGAAUUUGAGGCGGAGGGUCCCAAAACCUCGUCUUGUGGUUCGGAGACGAGGGGCUGCAAUCAGUGUAAGAACUACACUGAUGUUGACAACCCGUGGGAUUGGUGCCUGACUAGGGCCAUGACAACUAGGGCUGCUACCAGACUCCGAAGACUGGUGAGAAUAAUAGAAGACAACGUUCAGUCUCCUUCCAAGCGAUCAAGAAGAAGUACAAAUGGAAUGAGCGAUGAAGAACUAGGAAUAUGUCGAUCAGGAGUUACGUUGUUUCAGACCCUUGAAGGGUGCCAAAAAUUAAUGAAUGGAACAGAUAAAAGAACUAAAUGUUAUAAAUGUAUAAAAGAUGCCCGAUGUUGUUAUGGGAAUGAAAAAAUUGGAUGCAUGAAAAGUUUCUGCUCAGGAGUUGAAAGUUCCAGCGUUUGGGACAGAAUAACUUGUACAGAACCAAACCCAAUGGCGGAUGGCGUAUCCAUUCCAUUAACUCCAGCCUGCAAUCAAGGUGAUAGUUCAAAGAUAAUUCUCUACGGGAAUGUUUGUUCAGGAGAUCCCUGUCAGUUCUUUACCGGAAAGGAAUAUAAUCUUCUGCUCAAGGUGAUUCUAAUUUUCGAAGUUUGUUCAUCGAAAUGGAAUCAAAAAACUAUGGAUUCAGAAAUUCAGUCUUUGACCAUCAAGGAUAAAGAUCUUAUGACAACUUUGACUUGGUGUAUGGCUGGAGAAAAACCAAUAUUGAAACUCCAUUACCCAGAUGAAGACGAAAAUGAUCCAACAAUUGGGAUCGGCUACAGCUUGUUGGAGAAAUAUGGUUCAACUGAAAAGAAGGAUUUCCUCUUGGAAACACUUCCAGGCCUUGAUUAUGGAAAAAUAAUGAGUGGUACACAAGGAAUAACAAAAGAACAGGCAAUUUUCUUGUUCGAUAGAACAAUAAGAAGAUUCAAGAUAAAAUCCAUUAAUAAGGCUGUUCCUUUUGCAACAUUUGUACAUUUGGAUACAGCAACAAAAAUUGCCCUUAUAAAUGCAAAUUAUAGAGGUGAAUUUAAAGAACAAAUCAAAAGUAAGUUUGCGUCAGCUGUCUCGAAUGGACAGUGGGCAAAUGCUGCAGCCAUAUACUUAAAACUGGAUAACUUCAUUGAUAAUAAAUGUAGCACAACCGGCAAAGGAAGCAUAUGCACAAGGAUGAAAUGGAACGCUGAGCAGUUUAAAAAACAUAUAACGAGGCCAGUUGUAGUAUCAAGAACGGACCUGUCCAGUAAAACAGGAUCAUCUAGCAAGACACUAGCAGCCGCUGGAAGAUCAUUAAAAAUAUCUGUCAACACAGGAGUGUCGUUGACCAAUAGUAAACUAGCGAAUCUCGCGGUUCUCGCAGGAUUCGAUCACGUGACCAAAGAAUCGGACCAUAUUAUAGCCAGUGUCCGAGCAGCAGCUGGCGUGAACACCGUGAUAGUGAACUACCCGAAUUUGAAUAUGCAUGAGACGGAACCUCCUGUAAAAGAUAUGAUAGAAUAUGAAAUUCCUGCAGAGGCAGAUUAUAGUUUAACCUAUCCUAUUCUUGUAGAUGGAUUCAACGCUUCUGUCAAUCUUUCAGAUUGUUACCGGAUAGAAGACAUAAAAUCAAAUGAUUUCAGGUAUUUUAGAUUUGAUGAAAAACUAUUGGAAUGUUUGGAGGAUGCCAGUAGCCAUUCUGAAGGAUGUAUUAAAGUUAUAUCCGGUUCGGGAUAUCGGGUAAGAUCCGACAACAAUAGGAAUAUUGAUUCCAGACAUACAGAAGAGAAAUGGCGUUUUUCUGUAGGUCAAGCAGUAGAAGUUGGUCAAGGAAUGAACCAAAAACAGUUGUAUAAACUUGGAUUGACCAUAAUGAGAUCAUGUGUGCAGAAUCUGAUACCAAAGAGGUUAAUACUUGGGAUCGGAGUCCAUUCAGACAGACUUUAUGUGGAUAUCAGAGAAUCAACCUCAACAGAGGAGUUUGUUAAAAUCUGGGAUCACGGAUUCGAACCAUUAUACAAAGACUUGAAAGAUAUAGAGACUGGGUUUAAACAUGGUGGGGCAUUCAUUCAACCAACAAAUAGAACAAGAGCAUGCCAACCACCGCCCUUGGGAUCAAAUGCAUAUUACAUUAAAUAUUCGAAAGAAGGGGAAUGUGAUUCGGACAGUGGUGCUUCCUCAGAGUGUUCAAAAACAUCUUCCACUCGUAAGAAGGCGGCAUCUGAUUUUCUGGAAAGGUUGAUGGAAGUGGCAGGAAACGGACCUCUGGACAAAGCAACACUAAGAUCAAAGGUCAACAAGUGUUUAGUGGACCUGUGUGGGGGAUGCAUUGGAAAAGGAAAAGUAUGGAAAGAUAAAACAAUAGCGUGUUUUGACUUGAUGAUCUACUUUUUAAAUGGAUCAUCUUCCCCUUUUCCGGAUCUGAGGAACACCGGGGCUUUCUACAACACAGAGAACACCAAGUCUGAGGUUCAUUCCUUAGCUUGUCACGAUGGAAGCGCUUGUUUGGAAAAUGUCCAGCUCCAUUCCUUCUUACAGGAAACUUUAGCGACAAAAUAUAAACCAGAUUCUGCAAAGACCAAUGAGGAACUCGUAUAUGAUCCUGUCGAUAAUCCGUCACCACUUCCGGAUAUCCUGGAACAGGAAAUGGCCAUGAGGGUGGCGGGAAAUGUCUCGGUCUACAUUGAAAGCAGUGGGGAUGUAUCAAAACUAAACCAUUUACUAAAGAUACUUAUGAUUUAUAACCUAAAGGUGACCAAUGUUCAAUUUCACCUCACAAAGUCAGUGCGAGAAAAUCAAGUUAUGUCUGCAAUCCAGCGUAAACUUGAGCGAUGGUCGUAUUCUGCGUGUCCGGAUAGAUCCCGGAUUGUAGUGGCGCCCUACACGGUCCAUAAAAUAUCUCACGAAAGACACAGGAGAAGUAUUGAACGAAGUGAAGAAAGAAACAUUGUGAAACGGUUGAGAAAUAAUUGGGAACUUGAGUGGUUAGCGCAAACAUGAUUUUUUUUUCUUUCCAUAAAACAAUCAUUUAGAAGUGCAAUUUAAAACCAUAUUAAAGGACCUUUAUUUCGCAUAAUUUAACAAAUAUAUAACUCAAGUAUUUUGUAAGUAAAGAAUACAUUUAAGACUUUUUUAUAGUAAAUUUAAGUCAUAUUUAUUAAAAAAAAAUUAUUGAUAAUUGUCAUUAUUUUUCCUAUCAAAAUAUCCAAAUAUGAAACAGAUGUGUUAUACUUUUUUACCCCAUUAUUUUACUAGAUUUAUGAAUAGAAACCUGUUGGGCUUCAAUUUUCUGGCUGAAUUCAAAUCAGUAUGUAGCUGGGGUACUUUUGGGACCAUCUAGGUUCCAUUUCAGUAAAUUGAAUCUCCGAGAUGAAAACAAUAACCAUACAAAGGAUUUCUUUUUAAC